AUGGCACCUGUGGAAGGGUUCUGGGGAAAGCAAACAGCAACAAUUGAUUGGUGUGAGGACAACUACAAAAUAACGCAAUACAUAGCAGAAUUUUGGAAUACCAUCACUAAUUUCAUCUUCAUCAUCCCAACGUUAACGGUGUUAGCAAUAGCCAUCCAACAGAAUCAUGAGAAUCGCUACAAAUGGUGCCACAUCGGUGUCAUAAGUGUGGGCAUUGGUUCAUGGUGUUUUCAUAUGACCUUAUUAUACAGUAUGCAGCUGCUGGAUGAACUACCAAUGAUAUAUAGUGCAUGUUUCCUGUUGUAUUGUCAGUUAGAGACAACCAGCCCAGAAAAUCACCAUAAUCGGUCUCUACAACUAUUUUUUAUAAUUCUGUCUAUAGGUAUAACAUUGAUAUACGUGCCAACAAAACAUGUACUUUUUUUCCAAGCAUGUUAUGGUAUAAUGGUGAUAUCCAUGGUGUUUAUAACCCUACGAAUAAUUAUGAAGUUGCAACACAGUCGGACACUUUACGUUGCCUCUGUGACUACGUAUGUCUUGGGUGUCAUUGUGUGGCUACUUGACCAGCGCUUUUGUGGUCAGUUAAGAGUUGUACGAUCCGAUGUCAUGCCACAAAUAUUGAGUCCUUUUACAGAGCUACAUGCAUGGUGGCACUUACUAGCCGGGGUAGGAACAUACUUGUCUGUCUUCUUCAGUGCACAUACACGGUACCUCUACUUGAAAAAAAAUCCAAAAAUACAUUUUUGGAUGGGUUUCUGGCCCUAUCUCUAUGUUCCGUCUUUAGCGAAUUCCAAAUUAAACGUUACCUGA